CUACACACAGCGACACAUACAUGACGGGUAAAUUAAUAACUGGUUCGUUUAUUAAACCAGCCGACACCGAUUUAAGGGCAGUUUUCGGCCGGCGCGCGCACAUCCGGUGUGGCGGAUGAUUACCCUCUUGACUCCCGCGCGUGUCUUUGAUACAUCCUGCCAUCAGCGGAAGUGUCUGGGAUUCGGCUCAAUCCAUCGCUCCAAAUGGUUCGUUUGUGACGGAGACGGGGCGAAGACCAUCUGCAUCUCUUCCCACACCAUCACCACCAUCAGCCGGGCUCCACUCAGCGUCGUUCUACGUAGCACUACACCAGCACGUCGCGUGCUCCGUCGGGUCAGGCUUUUACUACACCAGACAUGCGUGAUUAUUCCUGAGGAUCCAUCACGAGAUCUGCGGGCGAUCUGCUUAUAAUACGGGUUUUAUUUCUAAUGGACGUAGUUUUGUUAUAGGUCUGCGCAAUCGACGCAAGCGGCUGCCUGGACACAGGAGAGGAUUAAGUUACUUGUGCCGGAGGCGGAUUAUUUUAUUGGCCUCCUCCUGUCACGCCCGAGUCUUUGGUGAUCCCGUUUCCAAUUAGGAGACGUCCCUCAGAAGUCAGACAUGUCUUUCCGGCGAGGAGUGGUCAGGCAGAGCAAGUUCCGCCACGUCUUCGCCCAGGCGUGGAAAACCGAGCACUGCAUCGACGAUGUCAGAGUGUCCCGCGUGACGUGGGACACUUCCCUCUGUGCGGUCAACCCCAAAUUCAUCGCCGUCAUCAUCGAGGCCGGUGGGGGAGGAGCUUUCCUCGUCGUUCCGAUUGGCAAGAGUGGCAGGAUCGAUCAGUCCUGUCCCACGGUGUGUGGCCAUGCAGCGCCGGUGCUGGACAUCCAGUGGUCUCCUCAUGACGACAACGUGAUUGCAAGUGCCUCAGAGGACUGUACAGUGAAGGUGUGGCAGAUCCCAGACGGGGGCCUGACGAGUCCAAUGACUGACGCCAUUGUGACCCUGGAGGGACACAGUAAAAGAGUGGGAAUCCUGGCUUGGCACCCAAGUGCCUUGAACAUCCUCCUGACUGCAGGCUGUGAUAAUGUGAUUUGUGUGUGGAACCUGGGCACAGGGGAGCUGGUGUACCAGCUGGCUGAUGCCCACCCAGACCUUAUCUACAGUGUCAGCUGGAACAAAGAUGGCAGCGCUAUCUGUACAGUCUGCAAGGACAAGGCUCUGCGUGUCAUCGACCCACGGCGGGGUACUGUCCUCAAGGUCAAAGAGAAGGUCCAUGAUGGCACCAGGCCCAUGAGAGCUGUGUUCCUCUCAGAUGGGAAGAUCCUGACCACAGGCUUCAGCCGUAUGAGUGAGAGACAGCUUGCAUUGUGGGAUACGAAAGAUCUCUCUGAACCUAUGGCAGUACAGGAGAUGGAUACCAGUAACGGGGUUCUUCUACCCUUUUACGACCCAGACACAAACAUGGUCUACCUGUGUGGAAAGGGGGACUGCACCAUCCGGUAUUUUGAAGUGACAGACGAGUCGCCAUAUGUCCACUUCCUCAGCUUAUACAGCAGCAAGGAGCCUCAGAGGGGGGCGGGCUUUCUUAGUAAAAGAGGUGUGGAUGUCAACAAGUGUGAAAUUGCCAGAUUCUACAAACUCCAUGAGAGGAAAGUGGAACCCAUUUCUAUGACUGUACCACGAAAGUCAGACCUGUUUCAAGGAGACCUUUACCCAGACACUGCUGGCUUGGAGCCGGCUCUCCUGGCUGACGAGUGGAUUGCUGGGCAGGAUGCACCGCCCCUGUUAGUCUCUCUGAGCGGUGGGUACAGUGCUCCUCCUUCCAAGCACAGAGACACCAUCAGAAGCAAACCCCAGCUCGUCUCACAGGAUUCUGGGGCCGGGGCCGCCCCAACUUCAGCUCCUGCAUCCACAACUACCUCUGUCGCCAAAGAGACGGAUGAGGAGGUGCCACCGCCACGAGUAGCCACAAAGGACACGGAUGGAAAUUCUGAGAGGCCAAAGAGAGAGGAGGAUCUUCUGAACGAGUUGUUAGCUGAAAUGAAGGCCUUGCGUGCUGUCGUCCUCGCUCAAAGCCAGAGGAUCGAGUUGCUGGAGAGGCAGCUGGCUCGGAUUGAGGAUGGGGAUGUAUGAGCGCCACAGAGAACCACUACAUUCAGAGGGCAUUCUUACUAAAUUCAUAGACCAUAGCCUUACUAGAAUCAACAGUACCUUAAGCUGUGUGAGUGGGAAUGUAGUGAGGGGUAGCGAUGAACUUUGAAUCACAGUGGCUUACAACCGACUACUCUGUUGGAAACGAGACCGCAGUUUGUUUCUGUGAUUGUUUUCCAGACUGUGGCUGAGAACGAGGUGUCAUCUGCGUAGAGUGACACCUGACCGUGAGUGUUGUUUUUCAUAAGUUGGACUAUCGUAGCAGCUAUUUCGUGAUGCAUAGAGUGCAGCUUUGAGCUUUACAAAAUCCUCCGGUCAUUUUGAAGGACUUCUAGUGGCACCAUUGCCUCAAAUUAAUGAAUAAAGUAGCGGGGGAAAAAAGCGUUAUAUAAACACUAAUGAAGGUCGACGUACUAUAGCAAAGUGAUUAAGCACCUCCAAUAUCAUUUUUUUCUAUGAGGCACUCACAAAUGUAACCAUUAGGGCUAUUUAAUCAGGUAGGUAAAGCUGCUAAAACUGUGAUGUCGUACCAGGCCCCCAGUUGUUAACUUAUCAUGUGACUUGUACUUUGUUUUACUACUUCAUCUUGACGCCGCGUGUAAGGUUCACAGACAUCAUGACCUCAACAGGGAGAAUUAUGUGAAUAAUAGUUGAUGAGAGUGUAGUUGAAUAUUUAUGUGUAUCGUAAUUCUGUGUAGUCAUUGAAGUCAAUGGAAAGGUAGCGCUUGGUGAUUUUUUUACCUCAUGUUUUCAGAAGAGGAUAGUUGCUUUGAAGUUUUCUGUAACAUCAUGAGGCAAGAUAUUUGGAAAAAAAAAAAAUAAUACGGAAAACACUUUCCUUUUUCAUUCUUCUGACGUGUGGAAAUGCUGGUGCCCUCUAAAGAGUCAUAAUCUCUGCAGAAGACAAAUGUUAGUCAUCACUUCUGCUUUUGACUUGUGCUUUAUACAGUACAAACUAUUGUUCCCUAAAUGCAGUGUCAUUAAAACACAGAUUGGCAAGUUAGUAAAAAUUAAGUUAAGAUGAAAUGUUAAGGAUUUUCUGCUGUUUGCAGUUGAAUUUGUAUUGAUGAUGAAAAGAUUAUUUCAAUUUAUUUUUUUUUAUUAUUCUAAGGGUUUUUUGGGGGGGGGGGGUUUCUUUGCUGUUACAUUUAGAAGCAUUUCUGUUAACCUUGUGUAGCAAUGGUACAUUCCACAUCAAGCUUAUCCUUACUUAUAACUUACAUCAUUCUUUCUUUAUAUACUUACCUCUUAACACUAACUUUAAAUCCAGUAGCAGGUGAAAUGAGACUACAUUGUGAAAUCCCAAUAAACAUUCAUUCCUCCUUUGUAUUAAUGGA